AUGAGGUACAGAAAACGAUUUUGGAUCCGUAAAGUGUUUUGCGAACGUGAAGUCAAAGGAGAAUUUCAUUGCUUGGUUAAAGAACUUAUCAUAGUUGAUCACGAGCUGUUUUUUAAAAUGUUCAGGAUGAUGCCAAGUCAAUUUGAAAAACUUUUACCUUUAGUCGUGCCAAAGAUAACCAAAGCCAAUACAAGGCCAGGAGUUAUAUCCCCCGCAGAAUGUCUUUGUGUUACAUUACAAUAUUUGGCAACAGGAAAUGCGUAUGCCUCUAUAGCAGCAAGCUAUUGUAUUGGGCAAACAACAGUAAGUAGGAUUGUCCAUGAAACUGCUCAAAUAAUAUGGCAAUCACUUUUGGAAGAUGGUCACUUAAAAGUACCACAACAUGCUGAUGACUGGAAAAAAAUAGCUCAUGUUUUUGAGAAAAAAUGGAACUUUCCUAAUUGUGUUGGUGCAAUGGAUGGGAAACAUAUCGAAAUUCAGGCACCACCAUCUAGUGGGUCACUUUUUUUCAACUAUAAAAAGUCAUUUAGUAUUGUUUUGUUAGCAGUAUGCGAUGGUAAUUAUCGUUUCACCCUUGUGGACAUCGGAUUUGCUGAUUAUGAGAUUAAUGGUCGACAAGUGAAUGGUGAAUGGAGGACUAUCAUUCAAAAUGAUACAAGUUUAAAACCUCUAAAUAGCAUUGGAUCAAAUAACUACAGCAAGGCUGCAAAACAUACCCGAGACAGUUUUGCAAACUAUUUUUGUUCGCCAGUUGGAGAAGUUCUCUGGCAAUGGGAAAUGUACUCAGUAGAUGUAAGCUGA